AUGAGUGAGAAUAUCAAUAAUAGUAAUAAUAGUAGUACUGUCGAUAAUAGCACAUUACCUGACAAUGUGGUUAAAGAUGUUGGGAGUGGUGAAACAUUUAUAAGUUCACCAGAUCUAUCUAUUACCAAAAAUAGUAAUGAUACCAUUACAACAUCGUCGUCAAUAAUACCAGAUGUCGAUAUACCUAAAGAAUCAAAUGAACAACAACAGCAGCAACAGCAAACGACAACUAAUACAACUAUAACAGCAACUACAAUAGAUGAGUUAGCAAAAGAUGACUCUAACGAACCAUACCAACCAGAGAACCCAAAAACAAUCGAUAUUGUAGAAACACCUAUAGUAAUUGCAACUACAACAACAACAACAGCAACUACAACAAAUGUAAAGAGAAAAUUUGCAGAGAGUGAAGAGAGUGGUGAUGGAGAUGGUGGUGAAGUGGUAGUAGCGAGCGGAAGUGGAAGUGGAGUUGGAGGUGGAAGUGGUGAAAGUGAUGUUAGCGGUAGUGGUAGUGGUGGUGAUAACAGCAAUUACAAUCUAUCAAUACCAAUACUAACCAAACACAACAACAACCUCAACAACAACAACAAAAUACCGAAAACAACAACAACAACAACAAUAAUAAUAGCGCUGCCGCAUCUCAAGAAUAUCAUAAGAGACAAAGAACUAAUCUGUGUUAUAGAUGUGGAGGAGAAGGCCACCAACAGAUAUUUUGUCCAUCCAGACCGCUACUUGGUUUGUCCAAGUAUAAAGUGUUUUAGAUGUGGAGGAAACGGUCAUUUACAAAGAAAUUGUACAAAUCCAAAUACUGUAAAAACAGAAUAUGAUCCAGAAAGAACACAGAUUAAACCAUAUCCUUGUUACGCAUGUGGAAAAGAUGGACAUGCCGCCAAGGAUUGUGAUAUCUGUUUUAGUUGUAAACAAUCCGGACAUAAAUUUAAAGAUUGUGAUUUUUGUAUCACUCCAGUGUUGUUGGGUUAUGAUAUUAGGUUAUUGGAUUUUUAA